AUGGAGAGCGCGUGGAGGAAGGCCAAGAGGGCGCUGGCCCUCCGCCUCUGCGUGCACGUCCCCGCGGUGGCCGGCGACGACGACGGCGGCGCCGCCAGCGUGCGCCGGCCCGGGUCGUCGUCGUCGUCGUUCGCGGGCGGCUGUCGGAGCGAGUCCGCCGUUUCGGUGGCGGGGUCGGCGAAGGGCGAGCCGGCGGCGGGCGCGCUGCGGAGGUCCAAGUCUGGGAGCAGGUCCUCCUCCAAGAGGAAAUGUGCAAUAUGCUUUGACUCUAUGAGAUCUGGCCAUGGUCAAGCCUUGUUCACUGCUGAAUGCUCUCACAAGUUCCAUUUUCACUGUAUCGCAUCUAAUGUGAAACAUGGGAAUCAUGUCUGUCCAGUCUGUCGGGCAAAGUGGAAAGAGAUACCCUUGAAUCGGUCACUUUCUUUGAACGUUCCUCAAGGAAGAGUUGGAAUUAAUCAAGCCCAAUUGCCCCAGCAAGAUGCCUAUGUGGCUCUUCUCCACCAAGUUCCAAACCGCCAGCGAGGAGCUCGCCGCUUACAUACUUCUGAGCCAACAGACUUCAAUGAUGAUGAACCGUUACAGCAGGCAGAAGCUUUUGACAAUCUUAACUUUCGGUCUACUAAGACUGCAGAGAUCAGCACGUAUCCAGAAUUCUCAUCCAUUCCACAGUCAUCAUCUCAAGAUGGAUUUUCUGUUCUGAUCCAUUUGAAAGCCCCCAGUGCUAGUUCAGUCCAGGUCACUGGCAGUUUGGUCAAUGAAAGCUCAGUUCGCCCCCCAAACCGCCGUGCUCCUGUUGAUCUUGUCACUGUGAUCGAUGUUAGUGGAAGUAUGGCAGGCACCAAGCUGGCGCUGCUAAAGCGGGCAAUGGGUUUUGUUGUUCAACACCUUGGCCCGUCAGAUCGCCUUUCUGUGAUUGCUUUCUCAUCUGCUGCUCGAAGGCUUUUCCACCUUCAACGAAUGACGCAUCAUGGCAGGCAGCAGGCUCUGCAGGCCAUUAACUCGCUUGGUGCUGGUGGUGGUACAAACAUUGCUGAUGGACUCAAGAAAGCUACAAAGGUGAUUGAGGAUCGCAGCUAUAAGAACUCAGUGUGCAGUAUCAUUCUUCUGUCUGAUGGGCAAGAUACCUACAGUGUUUCCUCAAAUGUUCGAGGGGGCUCUGCAGAUUAUGGAUCACUUGUCCCACCAUCUAUUCUUAAUGAUGCACGCCGUAUGUUGCCUAUUCAUGCUUUUGGAUUUGGAGCAGACCAUGAUUCAGACUCCUUGCAUUCAAUUGCUGAAGCUUCUGGUGGCACAUUUUCCUUCAUCGAAGAUGAAGGCGUGAUGCAAGAUGCAUUUGCUCAAUGUAUCGGUGGUCUUCUUAGUGUUGUCGUACAGGAGAUGCGACUUAACAUGGAGUGCGUUCAUCCUGGUGUUCAACUCUGUUCCAUCAAAUCUGGUAGCUACCCAAGCAAGGUGACAAGAGAUGGACGGAGUUGUUCAGUUGAUAUUGGCCAUCUGUACGCUGAUGAGGAGAGAGACAUACUGCUGUCUGUGAACAUCCCACAGUGUCAUGAAGAGACCUCGCUGUUAAAGGUUGCUUGUUCAUACAAGGAUCUAGUAACAAAUGAGACCAUCAAGUUUCAAGGCGAUGAGGUAAAAAUCAACAGGACGACAUCAACCAUAUCUGAAGCUGUAUCCAUUGAGGUUGAUCGCGAGAGGAACCGUAUACAAGCAGCUGAGUCUAUUGAAUCUGCACGGUCUGCCGCAGAGAGGGGUGCUCUCUCUGAGGCUGUGACCAUUCUCGAGGACUGCCGGAGGAGAUUAUCGGAGUCCUUUGCAAGCCAGAGUGGGGACCGUCUAUCCAUGGCCCUUGAUGCAGAACUGAGGGAGAUGCAGGAGAGGAUGGCAAGCCGCCAGCUCUAUGAAGCUUCAGGGAGGGCGUACAUGCUAUCUGGACUGAGUUCACAUUCUUGGCAGCGAGCGACAACACGCGGAGACUCGACAGAUAGCAGCACUGUCGUUCACUCCUAUCAGACACCAUCCAUGGUUGAGAUGCUACAGCAUUCUCAGAGCUAUAUCCCUUUGCCUCAGGGCCAAAGGCCACGAGUCCGGCCAGCCAGGUCGUCGGGAAGGUAGCUGACUGUUGUCUUGGCAACCAAAUGCGCUGACAAUGGAUAAGGAUUUCGUCUUACCUUUCAUUUUAGCUAUUAGCUUUAUUGUUGGUACAUAGUACCUGAUUCUUGUGCUUAUUUGGUUAUAUUAUGAGUUGUAGUGGGUUUAUACCAAAGAAACGGAGUUGGGUAGUGAAUACCGGGUACAUACUGGGGCAUUACCCUCUUCUGUAAGGAAUAAGAAGGUUGGAAUUGUAUAUAGUCUGGUAACCUAACAUUUUUUUUUCAACUUGUAUCCUAAAUUCUUUAGUUGAUCUUUGGUGAUGUUAUUUCA